AUGCGACAAUACGUGGCACAAAACGAUACGUUGGGUCUCAUUGAAUUAACUCGUCAAUCCUUGGAUAAUAAAGCCAAAGCUAUCUUUUGUCAGUUGUUAAAAUGCCACUUAGCCUCAAUGUGGAACUUUAAAGACAUGGUCAUCGCAGCAAACGGUGAGCACAAAGCUUCAAGUGCAUUGAAAGAGGCCGCCAAUGUGAUCGCCUCCUCCCCACUGGCGUUGCAGCUGCGAUAUCUGCAAACCCUGUGUGCUAUUUCUGCAGAGAAGAAUUCCACAAUCAUCUUCCCUCUUCCCAUCGACAUUUUGCACAGCAGUGCCGCUACUGUGAACGCUAAACUCGGCUCCUCAACCAUCUCGCUGAAUGAGGGAGAUUCACAAAGUCGGAGGAGGAAGGCAAUGGUGAGACAGUGGUUGCCUUCACUCAGUCCCGAUCACUCCGUCACACCAAACCCACGUGCUCUCCUACCGGGCAUGGGAGAACCAGAUCCCCUAAUCCCUCAGCCAGUGCCACCACAACUACCAGAGAGUCAACGAAGGCGCUAUGAGGCUGCUGCACUUCUGACUGUCACCGGAGCAGCUAAGAAAGCCACUGUCACUACUGCCAGUCCUCUACCUCCGGCCGCCGCCGUCGAAACGUCAGCACGUGACUCUCAACCACCACCACAGUUGCCGCGCCCCCAGCUUGGAGUGGCUCACGAGGACUUUGACGACACUUGCAGUGAUUCUGUGUAA